AUGGCAACAGUAUUAAGAGGAACAGAUCGACCGAAAGCGGGUAGUCUGUCGUUAGGAGGGUUGCCACCACUCCCACUCACGAGACCACACUCGUCCGCCUCCCUUGUGUUGCCUGAAAUUUCUACAAAAACAAAUUUGUCACCACACGUCUAUGACGAAAGUUUCAUGUCAAUUAAACUGGUUCCUAUCAGGAUUCAUGAUGAUGUGCCGAAGUAUGGAAGAGAGUGGGGACCGACAUCUUACACGUCACACGUUCAGAUGUUGCACUAUUUCGUGGUGAGAUCUAUCUUGGAUGAGUUCGUUAAUGAUUUACUGUAUGUAGUCUGCAAGAAAUCGAACAGGAGUGCAAAUAGUGGCCAAAGAUCUUCAGUUGAAGACUCAAGAAACAAUAAUACAGCAACGAAAGGCGAUUUGGACAUCAAUCAGAAAGUUGAAAGAAUGUUUGAUGACAUUUUAAAUGAAGUCAUUGUGAACGAGGUGACAGUGCACUACAAAGUUUCAAAAUUCGGUCAACACAAAUCGCAUGAUCUGAUUGUCAAAAAUAUCAUUAACAUUACGUUAUCUGAAAUUUUGAGGAACACAAACAAAACAAUCGAAUCAUUGCAACGAUGCAGUGCUUAUGUUAAGAAGAUCUUUCUCGAAUCGCUCUCCAAGUCUAGUAGUGGUCCAUUUCAACACCAACAAUUCCUGGUGUACCUGACCGGAGAGGAACAUGACGUCAGCGACGAGGAAAUAUUCCACUUUCAUUUUCAAGAUUUUAACCCGAAAGUAUUAGAUUACACUUGUUUGAUUGGUUGUGAUCAGUGGCUGGCCCCGUCCACUGAACAAUGGAAAGUCUUGCAAAACGCUCAACUUGAUUAUUGGAGUAAUUUCGAAGUUUUUACGAAGAACCAGCAAGUCACUCAGAAGUGUGUGGGAAUCUCCGCGUUGCAAGUCUCUCCCAACAUGAGAUUCUCUGCUUUCUCCAAUCUCAGAGGCCACGUAUGUGUAAUCGAUUUUAAUUGGAUCCCGCCUCGACUAAUCAGAGUACAUUUCAGUGAGUCACAUGACCCAGUCAUCAGCCUAUCGUGGACAAGGGAUUCGAAGUAUUUGAUGAGCAUGACCAAAAUGGGUGUUCUGAACGUGUGGUCUCUGGUGGGCGGAGUCAGUUUGACCAAUCAAAAAACAGGAGGGGGUGGAAGUGUUAAAGACGACCUUGUCAUCGUGAAGGGCGAAGAUGGGUACAUCCCUGAAAUGUUAGUGCGACUAAUCACCAUGGAAGCAGCUUCUGGGGAUUUCAUGUUGCAGACUAGUAGAUAG